CUUUUUUAGGGCUUGGGCAUUAGACUAGGGUUUUUGCGCGAUGGAAGCGCGAUGGCGGGACAUCGAUUUUCUCCUCCAGCGCCCUGGGAAGCUCGUCAGUGACGGAUUCGAGCCGGGUCCAGAGCUCAGGGAAUUCCUUCGCGACUUCAAAAUUCUGGUGAUAGGCGCCGGCGGCCUCGGCUGCGAGAUGCUCAAGGAUCUUGCGCUCUCCGGCUUUGGAAAUAUCGACGUGAUCGACAUGGAUACGAUCGAUGUCUCCAAUCUCAACCGGCAAUUUCUAUUCAGAAUGCACGAUGUGGGAAAGCCAAAGGCUCAAGUUGCCGCCGAGAAGAUUAUGCAGCGUAUCAAAGGUGUCACCGUGACUCCACACUACGGUCGGAUUGAGGACAAAGACAUUGAGUUCUACCGAGAGUUUCAGCUUAUAGUUCUUGGUUUGGAUUCACUGGAAGCUCGGAGCUACAUCAACUCCAUUGCCUGCAGCUUUUUGGAGUACAACGAAGAUGGCGAGCUCGACAUGUCAACUAUCAAACCAAUGGUUGAUGGUGGAACGGAGGGCUUCAAGGGCCAUGCCCGAGUGAUACUGCCGGGAUUCACGCCGUGUUUCCAUUGUACUCUCUGGCUAUUUCCGCCACAGGUCACUUAUCCGCUCUGUACACUAGCUGAGACCCCUCGGUCUCCAGCUCAUUGCAUCGAGUACGUUCACCUCAUACAAUGGGGUCAGGAUCGAGAAGGCGAGUCUUUUAAUCCUGACAACCCGGAACAUAUGACGUGGAUGUACGAGCAGGCAUUGAAACGCGCUGAGCAGUUUAACAUCAGCGGUGUGACUUACUCGCUGACACAGGGCGUUGUUAAGAACAUCAUACCUGCAAUCGCUUCGACUAAUGCCAUUGUUUCGGCCAUUUGCUCCCUUGAAGCGCUCAAACUGGCAACGAUGUGCAGUAAAGGCCUUGACAACUAUAUGAUGUACUCUGGAACUCAGGGUGUUUACACCCACACGGUCUCCUAUGAGAAGGAUUCAAGCUGUAUGGUUUGCAGUCCGGGAGUCCCUGUUGAAGUUGAUGGUUCUAUUACUCUGCAGGAGUUCAUUGACAUGCUGCUCCUGGACGCGAGGUUUAAGGAUAAGCUAUCCAAGCCCAGUGUUUCCUUCCAAGGAACCAAUCUCUACAUGCAGGCGCCACCGGUGCUGGAAGAGAUGACACGACCAAACUUGCAGUCGUCGCUUCUCUCCUUAAUGGGGUCAAAAGGCGUACUGAACGUUAAUGACCGAAAGCUGGCAGGCGUCCUCCGCGUCCAGGUUGCCUUCAGAAACGUUGCGACGCCCAUGGCGGUGUGAGGCCGGCCGGAUUAGCAUGUAAAGAGGUAAACCCGGUGGUAAACAAGCUGGGAGGCUCUGUUUUUUUUUGCUUUUUUGCGUUUUCUCUCUAUAGAUUUCCAGUGCUUCAAGCUGACCGCGUGCAGUGCAUUGAUCGAUUAAAAAGCGGCACGAAACGAGAGCAGCAGCCAGUGCCGUGGAGUCCGUAUCCUCUAAACACUCCCAGGGGAGGAGAAAAGAAGUGUAGACUGUUUAGAGUCUGGAGGCACGUGAACUCUUGUUGGGAAUGGAGAAAGCGAGAAGCGAGCAGCUCCCAUUGGUCGUCUGGAGGUAACAGGAGAGUCAAUGUGUAAUAAGUUCAGCCGACGAGCUCGCCCGCUCGCUCCACCUUCCUGAAGGGAUUCUUCGCAGUCCUCUGGAUGGACGAGAAUGGAGACGCAUCGCGAGUCGCGAGAGAACCAAGCGCGGUGGUGGAAAGUCCAAAAACUUCGGUACGGUUUCCAUGUGCAUUUCCUGCGGUAGCAGCAGCGGCAGCAGCAGCAGCAGCAGCAGCAGCAGCACUAGCAGCAGAACAGUAAGCAGCUGUUUUUGGUUUUGGAGAAAAAAAGGCAGGUUCAGCAGUAGCAGCGGCAGCGGCAGCAGUCAAAGUGCUCGUUGGGAAGUGUCAAAUCGCUUGCUACAGGGAAGGAAGGCUUCUUUCCUUUUUCUUUUCACUUUUUCUUUCCCAGUGCCCAUCUCUGGGGGAAAGCUUGAUCACCAAAUUCCAAUGAGAUAUACAAUAGGAAUUGGAAGAAGAAAGAAAGGUAUCUGUGCUGGAGGGCCACAUCUUAUUGCUCCAUAGCUGUAUUUUAUAAAAGUCCACCACCAUUUAUACGAAA